CGUCAUCGCGCGCUCCUCGUCCAAGCCACAGGAGUUCAUCUGCAAGAGGAUCGCCGGCCUCCCCGGCCAGCGCAUCCGACGUGGGCUCUGGAUGGAAACCGUCCCCCCAGGGCACGUGUGGCUGUUGGGGGACAACGCGGAGAACUCCACCGAUUCCCGGGCGUACGGGGCGGUGCCGUACGGCCUCAUUCGUAGCCGCGCAAUCCUCAGGGUCUGGCCGCUGGCCGACAUCCAGGUCCUCUCUCAGAGACACUCCUGU